CACACCGGUCUCUCUCCUCCGGAGCCUUUUUCCUUCCGCCGAGUUUCACUUCACGACGACACAGAAAACACGGUCUGCAGAGCUCCUCAUAAUCUGGUUCAGACAUGGCUCUCCGUGUGGCGGUGAUCGGAGCGGGCGCGGCCGGUCUCUGCGCCGCUCGCCACCUGCUCUCCAAACCCGGAACGUUCUCACCUCCGGUCGUGUUCGAGUCCGGAGGAACCGUCGGAGGAACGUGGGCCUACGAGGAACGAGUCGGGACCUACGACAACGGAAGAGCCAUACACAGCAGCAUGUACCAGAACCUCAGGACUAAUCUUCCCAAAGAGGUGAUGAUGUUCCCAGAUUUCCCGUUUGAUCCGGAGUUAGACAGUUUCAUUCCUCAUCAAGAAGUUUUGAGAUAUCUACAACAGUACUGCGCCCACUUCAACAUCGCCCCCCACAUCAGGUUUAACACAGCGGUGGAGCGUGUGAGGCCUGUCGUCAUGGAGACCACAGACAAGAAGCCGAGGACCGAAUGGGAAGUGACAUCAUCAGACGACGCCGGGUCAGAGAGGACGGAGAGGUUCGACUCCGUGUUCGUCUGCUCCGGACACUACUCCGACCCUCACAUCCCCGAGAUCCCAGGCCUCCGGCACUUUAAAGGGGAGCUGAUGCACAGUCACAGUUACCGUCAUCCGGAUCCGUUCUCGGGGAAAACGGUUGUGGUUUUAGGAGCCAAAGCUUCAGCCAUCGACAUCUCCAUGGAACUGUCGACUGUGGCUCAGAAGGUUUACCUGAGCCACAGACCUCCUCCUCUCACGUUUCCUCUUCCUCCAAACGUCACUGAAACAGAGUCCAUCCAGAAGAUCCAAGACGACGGGACGGUGCUGUUCCAGGAUGGCAGAGUGGUUAGCACGGACUCUCUCCUGCUGUGUACUGGUUAUAACUUCACGUUUCCGUUCGUGUCGGGGGCGGAGCUUGGCGUGCGUGUGGAAGCGGACUUUGUGGGGCCGCUGUAUCGACACCUGAUGCCUCCAUCUUACCCCUCCAUCUUCUUCAUCGGCCUCUGCACCCAGAUCUGCCCCUUCCCCCACUUCCACUGCCAGGUGCAGUACUGCUUGGCGGUGCUAGAGGGCUCUGUGACGCUCCCCUCGGUCCAGCAGAUGGCGCAGGAGAGCGACUCGUGGCUGGAGGACAGAUUGAGGCGCGGUGUGCCACAGCGCCACCUGCUGAGGGUGGAGCAGGAGCAGUGGGAGUACUGCCGAGCGUUAGCCAACGACGCUAACUUCUGCCAGAUCCGCGACGGCGUGCGGGCGCUGUUCCAGGAAGUGUGGAGGCAGCGGCGAGUGCACCCCGUCCUGUACAGGAAGCACAACUACAGGCUCAUCGGCGACACCCAGUGGGAGAGGAUCGCCGCGCACGACUAAGGGGCGGGGCUGGAAAAUCAAGACGGCGGGUGUUUGAGGUCGUCCAAAUCAGGACGUAAUAAUUUUACACAAGCACAAAGUUUUUAUCACCUUAAAUAUAAAGUUUAGUUUUAUACAUUUUUAUGAUGAUUUUGAUUCAAUGAGACAAAUGUUUUUAUAAAGUUUUAUUCACACUGAAUUAUAAUAAAUGUUUUUGCACUAGACACAAACGCACAAUCAUGUCCUGCCAAAUGUGUGCCAGAUGCCCUCCCUGUGUGUCUCUAGUUCAUAGUUCUGUCUUUUUGUCGAUUUUUCUGAUUUCAAUCAUAAACUUUAAACAGAAUCUUAUUUUUAAAUCUUUCUAUUUAUACUUUUCUUCUUAAAUCAUGUCGCUCUGAAUGUGGAUUUAAAAAUGUGUAAAAUAAACGUCC